AUGUUGGCACUCAAGUCCAUGAGGCUGCCUUAUUCUAUCGCGGACCCCUGGCACGCGACAAAAGCAAAAGUCCAACUCCCGUCAGAGGUCAUAGAUUUAAUCGCUGAGCUGCUCUAUGAGAGUAGUUGCCGGCAAUUGAGCUCGCUUUUACCCUUUUCUCUCGUUGCACGCCACUUUCGAAAAUCGGCAUUGCCCUUCCUGUUCGGAACCGUGUCCCACGUUGUCCGUGAUCGACUGGACCAACGGAAACACGAGCUUCUUCGUUGCCUCCUCGAUGAUCACCAUCUCCUUGGCUAUGUCCACACACUGCAUGUACAACGCCCGCUGGAAAUACCAGAUUUUAAAUCUCCGGACAACGCGGCCUCUGCAGAUAGUCGCGAGCAUUAUUACUCUGACCUUGGCGAAAUUCGUGACAGUCUGCCGUUCAUGCAUCGGCUUCACCGUAUCAGACUGGACUGCUCUGCGGCUGCAGCAUACGAGGUGAUAAAAAUGCUUCCGCAUGAUCAGCGAUAUGAAGUUAUCAUUGACCAUCUCUACACAUCUUCGCCCUGGCCAGACCUGAUUCAAGCCACCACUGCUAUGGUUUCUCUUGCUCAGCGCCAUCAGCUCGCCCUGGGCGCGUUCGGUGCACCUCCCUUCAAAUACCCUGAGCCCGAUCAAUCCACCUACGAUGCGAUAGCAAAAGCCACUGCUGUAGAUCUACACAUAGACUGGCUGCUGCGACACUCGAGUGCAGAUGAGUCGGAGACGCCACAUAUAAAGGAGGGCCCCUCAUGGACCGAGCUACGAUUGAAUAUCACACGAGCCUUCACCUUCCCUCCCCGGUCGCCAGAAAGUUUGAUUUCAUCCGUGAUUCCGUGGGCGAAUCUUCAGAGACUCUCCAUUGAAUGGGGUUUAACUGUGCCCAUCAACGAUUUCAUGUAUCUGAGUGCUCCUCGGCUCCUCCAUCUCCAGGCCUUGCGCAUCCGUGCGAAUCACCCACGGGACUAUCAUCCAGGAUGUAGCUAUGGAGAACCUCCCGUCUUAUUGUUUGAAGAUGAUCUGCGUAACGCUUUCGCAAUCGACUUCACACAGAUGUCAGAGUUGCGAGAGCUGGAAGUCGAUGGGAUAUGCAACCACAUCCCCAUAACAGAUCUUGUGGGCCCCAAGCUUCGCCGCCUCCGGCUGCAUUGUGAGGAUUCUUGGUCGUCGGUCUACAGCAAGCAGAGCCAGCGUAGCUCCACUGACAUUAUGACGGCGGCGAAACUGGCACCCAAACUUGAGCGGCUGGAGUUGGACAUAGGCUAUAUCGAGCAUUUGUGGCACCCUACAGCAAUCCCCGGGGUGGAUGUGCAUGUGGAACAAUAUGCUUUUCUGAACGCACUCGCCAAGUUCCAGCACUUGCGAUUCCUCCGCCUAUUCCCACCCUUCAUAGCCAGCUCCAGCCUGCGCACCGAGGGGAGGGUGCAACAUUGCGUUCCGGUCUCCGACACUCAGGCGGUCCGCAUCUUCGAUCAAUUGCGCGGAGAGUGCCACUCCUUACAACUGCUAUCCAUCGCUGCAGCCCCAUCCUUUGUCGACAUUGACACCAUGUAUUGGCAGGUCACACAACAAGGCGAUCAGACCGUCCUGACGACCGGCCACAGGUCGCGAAAUUACAAACACUGCCAAACCUGGGUUGGACACCGGCGGAUGCGGAGCGAAAUCAAGCGAUUCAACACGCCGCAGAUAUACCUACCAGAUUCUGAUGGCUGGAUGCUUACGAGAAACGAUCUUCAUGAUGUCCGUCAGGCUCCUCCUGGGGUGAGGUGGUGGGGUGAUUAA